UGAUUACUGUUUUUCAUUCUAAGAAAUUAUUUUUAGCCUUUUAAAAAACAUUCAUCUUAAGAACUUAAUUUGGUAAGCAAAGCUAUGAACAAAUGGAAAGAAUGCAUUUCUCACUGGACUCUUUCUUUUUCCAUAGAUCAAAUCGCUAUUCCAGAUUUUGGCACUGGUGCUAUGGAGAACUGGGGACUCAUCACUUACAGAGAAACAAACCUGCUGUACGACCCUGAGGAAUCAGCCUCAUCAAACCAACAGAGGGUGGCCGCUGUGGUUGCCCAUGAACUUGUGCAUCAGUGGUUUGGAAAUAUUGUGACCAUGGACUGGUGGGAUGACUUGUGGCUAAAUGAAGGAUUUGCUUCUUUCUUCGAGUUUCUGGGAGUAGACCAUGCAGAAAAAGACUGGCAAAUGCACGACCAGAUAUUACUUGAAGAUGUAUUGCCGGUACACGAGGAUGAUUCUUUAACGUCUUCACAUCCAGUUGUUGUCACUGUGACCACCCCUGCUGAAAUAACAUCUGUUUUUGAUGGAAUAUCCUAUAGCAAGGGGGCUUCCAUUCUGAGAAUGCUUGAAGACUGGAUGACACCAGAGAAAUUUCAAAAAGGAUGCCAGAUUUACUUGCAGAAAUUCCAAUUCAAGAAUGCAAAAACUUCAGAUUUUUGGGAAGCACUGGAAGAGGCAAGUAAUCUACCAGUGGCAGAAGUAAUGGACACCUGGACUAGACAGAUGGGUUACCCUGUGCUUAAUGUAAAUUAUACGAGGACUGUCACACAGAAACGCUUUCUGCUAGACUCAGCAGCAGAUCCUUCCCAGCCAGUGUCAGAUUUUGGUUACACAUGGAAUAUUCCAGUUAAAUGGACUGAAGAUAAAGUAUCCAGUACUAUAGUCUACGAUAGGUCAGAAGAAGGAGGAAUCACUUUGAACUCUUCUAAUACUAGUGGAAAUGGUUUUCUCAAAAUAAACCCAGAUCAUAUUGGGUUUUAUCGUGUAAAUUAUGAACUAUCAAUUUGGGACUCGAUAGCUCUAAAUCUUUCUGUCUACCACGAGACCUUUUCUUCUGCCGAUCGUGCAAGUCUGAUUGAUGAUGCUUUUGCUUUGGCAAGAGCUCAACUUCUAGAUUAUCGGGUGCCUCUGAACUUGACUAAGUAUCUCACAAGCGAAGGGGAUUAUUUACCGUGGCAGAGAGUAAUUUCAGCUGUAACCUACAUCAUUAGCAUGUUUGAAGAUGAUCAAGAGCUAUACCCUAUAAUUGAGGAAUACUUCCAAGGUCAAGUGAAGCCCAUUGCUGAUUCUCUAGGAUGGGAUGAUACCGGAGACCACCUCACAAAGUUACUCCGUACCUCCGUGUUGGGGUUCGCAUGCAAGAUGGGAGACAGAGAAGCCUUGGACAAUGCUUCUAAAUUAUUUGAUCAGUGGCUAAGUGGGAAUGUCAGUCUUCCUGUAAAUCUCAGGCUUCUGGUGUAUCGAUAUGGGAUGCAGAACUCUGGCAAUGAGACUUCAUGGAACUAUACUCUUGAGCAAUACCAGAAAACUUCAUUAGCUCAAGAAAAAGAAAAACUGCUGUAUGGAUUAGCAUGUGUGAAGAAUGUUACCCUUUUGUCAAGGUAUUUGGAUAUGCUCAAGGACACAAACCUUAUUAGAACUCAGGAUGUGUUCACAGUCAUCCGGUACAUCUCAUAUAACAGCUAUGGGAAGACCAUGGCCUGGAAUUGGAUACAACUCAACUGGGACUAUCUAGUUGACAGAUUUACAAUCAAUGACCGAUACCUGGGCCGAAUUGUCACGAUAGCAGAGCCAUUCAACACUGAACUAGAACUUUGGCAGAUGGAGAGCUUUUUCGCAAAAUAUCCAGAAGCUGGAGCAGGAGAAAGUCCUAGGGAGCAAGUGCUGGAAACAGUGAGAAACAAUAUUGAGUGGCUGAAACAAAACAGAGACACCAUAAGGGAGUGGUUUUCUGAUUUGCCUAAGGAUGGUUAAUGUGUUUAAAUGUCACAGCUUAAUUCUCUGAAUCUGUUGUUUCUCCUAUUAAGAAUUUGGUGGCCUAAUUCAUAAGUGCUAUGGAGGCAGUUUUAUAAACAGAUAAUGCUUUUGCUAAGUACUGUGUUCAUAUGUUUGCAAAGCUUUUAAAUUGUUCCCUUUGUUUAUGAAGGAAGAUACUAAUAGAGUAAUAUACUCAGGGAUUUCUUCUAAGUGUACUUCAUGGGAGAUUCUUUACAAACUGAAGAGAAUUUAAUAGUUAUUUUAAUGUCUUUAAAUACCAUUCUUCGUAUCUUAAAUCUGUGAAAAUAGAACGAUUUGGUAUCAGCUUUAUAUUCUUAGUACCCAAAAAACGCCACUUAAUCUUCUCUCUUGAUUGAUUUUUAAAGUUUAAAUACCAGUACUUGAGGAACCAAUAUUACCAUCUUAAUGUUUAUUUUAUUAUUCAGAAUUACAUAGACCUAAUAUCACUUUAUUCACAUAUGUCUUACUACUGCAAAUCCUACCAAAGUAACCUGGGCUCAAUUUUACUCCAGGAUUGUAUGAAGCAGCCAAAGAAAUGUCUGACUGUUGCCUUUGCUCUUACAAAAUCAACAAGAAAACUCUCCUCUCCCUUAAAAAAUAAAUCUAAAUGAUUAACUUCAAAAAA